AUGGCGCUUUGCUGCAGCACAACAUCCUGCUGCGUCUCGUCGUCGAACCGCGCUGUUGCGCGUGCGGCGAGCAGGCCUGCCCCACUGGCACGGACAUCAUCACGUGUGCAGCGGCGGACACGGGCGGCACCGGAGGACGGCGGCGAGGACCUUUCAGGACUAUUGAAAGACCUGGAGCGCUUCCAGCAGCGCUCCGGGGCCAGCGGCAGCGGGCCCUCUGCCAGCAGCGGGGCGCCUGCAAGUGGCGUUGGGGGUGCGCCCGCCAGCAGCAGCCGUCCGGCAGCAGGCCAGGGCGCGGCGGAGGAGCCAUCCCCCUUCAAGGAGGCGUUGGACAAGCUGCUCAUAGCGGACUUCUUCCUGGUGCUGGCGAUCCUGGGCUGGCUCGGGCUGGGCCUGGGCGUCCAAGGCGCGCUGCACAGCUCGGUGCUGCUAGACGCCUGGUACCCGCUGUGGCCUCUCGUUUUUCAGCCGGCAAUUGGCGUACUGAUGCUGGGGGCGCUGGUGUCUGGCGGCCUCGGCUGGCUCAAGGAGCAGGAAGAGAAGAAGGGGGACUGA